AGAAGCACAACCACCUCGAACGCGUCCUCGACUGGCCCCGCUGCCAAUUCACUCAAUUAGAUGGCAUCUCAAUAACCCACGGCAUCCAUCUCGCAUCCACCAUCAUGGAGUUCCGCCGCGUAGGAGACGCCCUCCUGCGCUCUCCUCACUCCAUCAUCCCAUCUCCCUCCAUGUCUCUCCGAGCCUCCCAACGCCCUCUCAUCUCCCUCUCAACCCUCUCAACACCAUUCCAGCAGCGCAGCUUCUCCACAACCCGCCCAACCCUCGCCGCAGCCCCCCAACGCGCACCCCCCCCCCCCCCCCCCCCCCCCCCCAACGAGCCCGACGACCUCUCCGCCUCCCUCGACUCCCUCAUCGGCCACUCCAUCCUCGACACCCCCUCCAAACCCCCGGCCCCACGCUCCUCCUCCACCGACUUCAACGCCGCCUACGGCAGAUCCACCUUCGGCAGCUCCAACCGCGCCGCCCCCGGCGGGCCGCCGGCGCCCUACGCGCGCUCCCUCGACUUCAGCCGCAUGCAGAUGCCCGAGGGCACACCCUCGAUGCCGUCGAAGAUGCCGCCGCCGCCGUCGCCCCUGGCCGCGUCUGCAGCGCCGCCGCGCUUCAACGCUAGCAGCGGGCGCAGCAUCACGCUGGAUCCGAGCAAAGGGCGGGAUCUGAUUCGGGGGCUGGGGAUGCUGAAUAGUUUAGUCGCGCGGAACAGGGUCAAGGCGGAUGUGCAUGCGCAGCGGUUUCAUGAGCGGGCGGGGCUGAAGAGGAAGAGGUUGCAUGGGGAGAGGUGGCGGAAGAGGUUUAAGGUGGGGUUUAGGAGUUUGACGGAGAGGGUGGCGGAGUUGACGAGGAAGGGGUGGUAGACAGUUUGGGGAGGAGUGGAGAGAUGGGCGGGGAAGGAGAGGGUGUGUAUUUGUAUUUGGGGAUUUGAGGGCAUGGAAAGGGGUGGAAUGAAGAGGAGUGUAUGGCAUUGCAUUAGAGGAGGGUGGGCGUAGUGGCUGUACAGUCAAGACUUUGAUAUAAAAAUUGUACCACCAGUUCAAUCAAACCUCGUUAC